UCUACAAAUUGACAUUAGAUUAUAAAUAUAUAACUAGCUAACUAAUCUUUUCACUUAUUAAACAGAAGGAUUUAGCGUUAUGUUGUUGCUAAUUACUUCUUAACUUAAGAAAUCAAUGCUUGUAUGAUUAUAAAUUGUUGGCCAAAUUGUUUGACAUAAUGGGCUGAUAUAUCGUUGCUAACUAGCUGGAACAGGGGUGUUGGAACUCGCGCAUGACGAAAAUAUGGCGAUGAAAAGUUAUAAAAGGAGAUGAAGAUUCCUAUAAUUAUGGAUAGUGAUCAGGAAAAAAUCGAAACAUUGGAAGCUGGCAAUGGUAAAGUGAACAAUGAAGUAAAUGAUCUUAGCAGUAAAGAUGAAUUUUCAGUAUCAUUUACACCAAAACAAGCCCAUAUAUUUGGUGGUCUAAGUUUAUUUUUUUCCUUCGUAAAUGUUGACACACCAUUGAGUGAAGAAACGCUAUAUUAUGUCAUAUUUGAAGGUUCAAAGCUUCGCCACAUAACAUCUGCUAAAGUUCUUAAUCCAUACACUUUGCAAGUUGUUAUUCCAGACCACGAUGAAGCUGAAUUGGUUAUGUUGUCAGUUUGUUACGAUGACGAUAAUUGCAAGGAUGUCUCUGAUAGAAUAAUGGCAACUGAUACUUUUGUCUUUACAAGUGAUUCGUCACAGUUUCUAGCUCAACAACUAGCUUCCAACUCCUUAAACUCAUCCAGCUUGCAGCAUAUAGAAAACGUUUAUUCAUCCUUGCUGGAUACUCCAGCCAAUGAAAGGCCAAUGCUGGAUAAAAAAAUAACAACCUCUUUUAGAAAUAUUGGUUUACCAUUGAAUUGGUCAAUAGCUGUUGACACUGACACUGAGGAAGAGAAUAAAAAGAGCUGGACUCUUUUGCAUUUCUGUGCUAAACACACAUUACCACAGCUGGCUGAAUUCUUACUGACGAAACCAGGAGUCAAAAAAGCAUUACAAACUGUAGAUAUCAAUGGUCACACUCCCCUAGAAAUAUCUAUCUUAAAAAACAAUAAAAGAAUGGUUGAAAUCUUCUCAAGGGUUCCAUGUGAAGAAGAAAUCAAUCAAGAAUCAAAACCAGAUGACGAAAGCAAACGGCCAAGCGUGAAACGACACAAACUUGGAACAACUACAAUCACCAACACUGUUACGGAUAACAAAGAAGAUUUAACAAAAGACCUUAUGCUUCUCAAAGAGCUUGACAAACUUGCUGCAGCUUCAAGAGACUCAGUUCAUGGAAAUGGUGUCAUUUCUUCAUCUGAGGAUCCAUCACCAUUGGCUGAGAGCCUGAAGAAGCUGCAAGAAAUAAAUGAAGAAAUACGACGACUCCGAAGCUUAAGUUGCAAAGAAAAUAUGGAGCCAUUCGAAAAAGAGGUUGCUGAUUAUACAGAUACGAAUGGGAAUGUGAUAACAGAUGAAAAAGAAGAUCAACUGCCAGAAGACAGUUACGUUGAGGUGAGCAUAAACGAUUCUUCGAGUGAAGAUUUACUCGAUAAAACACUCGAUUCGAGUCAAGAAAAUAAAAUAGAAGAAAAAGAACUUGCUAAGGAUACCGAAUAUAUUCCCGAAAAAACUGAAAACGAAAUCGAUGAAAAGAAAGAAGAAGACAAGUGUGUAGAAGACUCUGAGAAUACCGAGUCCGAGCCAAUCCAAAAUCAAGAAUCUGUUUUUUCCGAAGAACCACAACAGACACAGUCAGUGGAGCAGAAAGAAGUUUCGGAAGAAGAUUCUAAGGUAGAUUAUUCACGUCGGUUAAGCAAUGUUUCAGUGAGCACAAUUGAGGUGACGGAAGCUGAGGUCAUCGAGAUCUUACCCACUUCAUUUGAGGAAGCUAUACCUGUUACUGAAAUUGUUAUCGAAAACAGUGAGGAGAGUGUGGCCACGGUAGAAGGUGAUCCUGACGUAGCGGAUUCUGCAAAUUAUUUCAAACUUGAAUCUGUAACAGAGGAAACUGAAGAAGAACUAAAAGCUGAUGUUUCGCCUGUAAUGCGUCGGCCUAAACACGACGGUUUAGUGUCGUCGACUCAAACACGUUCAUUGUCGGAUUUACCUCCUCAUCCACCGAAACGGGUCGGUAUAUUAAAAAGAAGCGGCGCGAAAAAAGACAGGCCGUUAUCAGAUAGUUUUGAAAAUUUAAAAAUGGUCGAACGGCAAGGUAUUGUUGAAAUGUACCAAGGUGGCUCUAAUGCGCUAGUCAAUACACCUGAGAGCAGUCUAACUAGAGGUCAUAGUCUGGAUGCACUUAUGACGGAGGUUGACGGAGACGGGUUAAAUUCCGAAAUGUCUUCGACCAGUCAGCUAAGCGUGAACGGUACAAAUGGAAGUGAAGAAUCGUUAACGUCUGAAUGUGACUCGACCAAAUCGCGUUCGCGCUCAGGUAGCGAGAAAUUCUCGAACGGUUCUUAUCGUGCGUCUUCGUUAUUAUCGUUAAACGACGUUCAAAUAUCCCGAUGUUCGUCGACGUCAAGUCAGGAGGAAUUUGUGCGCAUUACGAAGAAGCCAUCUUUGUUGAGUCGCAUUUCGUUUAAAAAAGCAAAGUCGAUGUCUUCGCUGGAGAUGGAGAAGAAGGACAAAAACACACUCGACGAAGAUCGCCGAAAAACUAUUACAGGUGGCAUUGAUCUGGAUUAUCUGCCGACAAAAUCAGCAGUACACGACGACAGUGAGAGCAACUUUGAUGUGAUCACACAUGAAGAUAUGUGCGGCGAUAUUCUCGUUCGUUGCGUGUCUUACGAUACCGAAGUGAAGAAAUCGCAAUCAAGUGUUUCAAUUGAAAAGCUGGGAAAAAAUCUUGAAACAGAAAAGGAACAAGCACGUAGAAGAGUAUCGACUAGUGCACUUCCACCAAGUUAUGGCCGAAAAUUUGCAAAUCAAGAAGAUGAAGACACCGAUGAAGGAACUUCUUUCGAGAUCGCCGAACGUCACGCUGAACAUGAUCGAAAAUCCAGUCAGGACGAAAAACAAAAGAAACGCUAUGGUUUAUUUCGUGGUAAACCAAAAGAGAAAAAAUCUCAAAAAGAGAAGAAAGACCAUCGUGAACGGAAAGACUCAGACGCGAAGAACAAAAAGAAAGCACAACCAUCCAAACCAGAUUUUGGAUUACCAAAUAAAUUAGAGAAAGCCACUUUUCUAACGAAAAGAGGGACAUCAUUUCGAACUUUUACUAAAUCUAGUGGUGAAUCAAAGGUCAAUGAGAAGCCUGUAUUCAGAGGCUCUUCUAUCAGUGCCAACAACAAACACGAUGCAAAUAAUAAACUACGGGCUGACAGAAAAUCACCAAAAAUGAACAGAAAGGUCAGUAAUACAUUACACGAAGAACCCCAUGAAUCUGAUACACAACCAAUGCUAUCUUCAAGAAAUUUGGCUGGGUCAUGUACAUCGCUUGAUUCUAUCCAUAAAUCUAGUUACGAUGAUGACAUUGAUGCAGCCUAUAUUGCUGAAGAAAAUUCAGAGUAUGAUUCCGACUUGGAUGCUAGGGAUGAACCUGAAACGUGGAGUGAACUCGUGGAUAAAAAGGUGCAGCGGAAAAUGCAUGCUAAAGACAUAAAACGUCAGGAUGUGAUAUAUGAAUUAAUUCAAACAGAAGCACAAUAUGUCCGUGUACUGCAAAUAAUGAGGAAGAUCUAUGCUUAUGGAAUGGUCCGUUCACUUAAUAUGGACCCUGACGUUGUUAGUCAGAUAUUUCCACUAAUAGAUGAUUUAAUUGAGCUAAAUGGUGGCUUCUAUGCUGCUAUGAAAACGAGACAGGUGGAAAGUGUCAAUUAUAUCAUUGAAAACAUAGGAGAUACAUUAGAAAAAUUUUUUGGUGGUGAGAGUGGAGAAAUGUUAAAGCAAGUUUACGGUCAUUUCUGCAGUCAUCAUCUUGAAGCAGUAUCGAUAUAUAAAGAAUAUUUAAAAAGUGAUAAAAAAUAUGCCAAUUUUAUGAAGAACUGUUUACUCAAUGACCGCACCAGGCGUUUAUCUAUACCAGAAUGCAUCACGUACGUUACUAUUCGAAUGACAAAAUACCCAUUACUAAUUGAAGCUAUCAUAAAAGCAACCAAAGAAUCCAAGGAGGACUGGCCUAAAUUAAAAAACUCUCUCAAACUAGUGAAGGAAGUACUAAAAGCUGUUGAUGAAGCUGUGAAUAUAUAUGAACAACAAAAGGAACUUGCACUACUCAAAAAGAAUCUAGAUCGGAAACACGUGGUAGAAAUUAAAGGUGCAAAUAACACAAAAAAGACUUAUAAAACUACUUAUUUAUUUCAUAAACGUAGUCGAUUAUUAUACGAUAAAAAGACGGUACUGCGUGGCAAAAGCAAAAGUCAUGAUACUAGAAUGAUUGUUUUAGCAGAAAAAAUUAUAUUCUUCCAAGAUAACGGUGGUAAAUUACAGUUGUUAUCUGCAGAUAAUAAGGCUCCUGUUUUGCCACUAAAGAAUUUAAUGGUACGGGAAGUAGCAACAGAUAACAAAGCUUUGUUCUUAGUUAGUACAAGUAAAGAUGCGGCACAGAUCUAUGAAAUUGUUUGUGAUAGUUACAAAGACAAAAAAGAAUUCAUGCCCAAGCUUCAAGGUUUUAUAAAGGCUUGCCCUGAAGAAGAAGAGGAUAACUUAACUGACUUAGAGGAAGAAGCAAGGAGAGAAGAAGAAGAAAGAAUGACAAAACUAAAAGAAAUAAUUGAUAAUUUGCAGGCAGCUGAUUAUAAUAUAGCCCGCAAGCUAUCUGAAAAAACCUCGCUUGUCAACGAAAUGAGAGACAUCAUAGAAUCAAUGGAUGAUGUUGGCCCUAUAAAGGGCUCACCAUGUAGUGAAUUAAAACCAACAGAUGUAGCCAAUGCCAGGGACACGCUGGAAGCAUGUUUAACUGAAGUCAACCGGCUAGAAUCCACACUAUGCAACUCACAAGUCGAUUUACCAAUAGCUAGCCCCUCUCCUUCACCUGGUGCAAGCAACACAUCAAUCAAUAACACAAAAAAAUCCGAUGUAUUUACUGGUUAUGACCAAAGGAUUAAACCCUCGGUUUCUUCUGGAAGCGUAAAUCGUUCCGUUUCGACCAAUCGUAUGUCAGUAUCGAGUAAAUCUUCAGAGACAGACUUAUUGUUAGGCAAAACGCGUAAAAAUAAUGCUAUCUUAACAGUUAUUGGGCGGACGAAAACAAUCGGCUCAACGGAAGAUUUACAAUCUAUUUCUUCUUCUACUUCCAAUACAAGUAUAUCAACAAUAGGGACUACAAUAUCACAGAUAAGCUUGUUCCAAAAUUUAAAGGAUAAUUUAUCGGCCCUAGUGGAAGUGACUGGUAAACAAGACGUGGAGAUUGGGAAGAUGCGUCUCGAGCUUCAAGAGAAUCGAGCGGAAAUAUCGAAACUGAAAUUAGAACGGAAGGAACUACAAGAUAAAUUAGUCACGCAACAAAAAGACAGUGAGCGAUCAACUCGCCAUGACAAAGAACAACUCGCCAAAAUAGCGCGUGAUUUCAAGCGCUCCUCUGAUAAAGUAAAGCAACAAUUAGAGGAGAAGAAUAUGAAAUAUUUACAACUCGUCGAAGACUUGAAACCUCUUGGUAUAUACGUGUUGGGAGGGAAACCAACGACGAGAUCAGACGCUGAAGAUGGCAUGUUUGUGUAAAUCAUAAAAUAAAUACGCUCACGCACAGUCAGCCAUACUUAAUUUCCUGCGGUGGAGUUUGCUUUAUUACCUCCACAAUUUAAUGUGGGUAUUCUCCGCUAUAAUAGGACGAAGAGCUGUGAGCGGUAAAUGGAGCAUUAGAGUGAUCAUAGCGCAGGAGGACAUUUUAAAAACAGAUCUGCGUUUAACUCUUCUGUUUUUAUUUUUAUACUUUCCAACAAAGUAGUUUAUAUUCAGAUCGUGCAUGUGGGAGAAGUUCUUUCUUUUUUUAUUUUUCUUUAACUUCAUCUUAUUUUGCGAAAUCUUCCCGAGAUAAAUUUAGACAACCUCUCCUGAAAUGUUAGUAAUUCGUUAAGGAAAAAGAAAGGAUUUUAUUGUUUUUGCUAAUGAGAAUCCAAAUUGAUAAUAAUGUUUUCUCGGGAUAAACAAAAUAACUAGUUCUACAUACUAUAUUUUUUUGAAAUAUAGACUAGCUUCUGCGCGUGCACAUAUACUUUUAUACUGAUUUUAUAUACUGAUACAGAAACAAUCAGCCCCCUGCUAUACAUCAUAUUUGCGAUAUAAAUUAACAAAAAUUAUGUUUAUAUCAGGGGGGUUAUUUUGUGACUGCUUUUGUAUUAGUUCGGUAAAGGUGAUAUUUCAAAUAACCGAAAUAUUUUGAUGACAAUUUAGUAAUGGAUAUUAAUAAUUAUUAUUAUUACGAACCUCUUUCCCGCGUUCUUUUUUAUCAUCAAUCUAAAAAUUAGCAAAAAGGGCGUGGUAACGAGGUUGUAUUAAAUGUUUAUAAGUUUAUUUUAAUUAGUCUCUUGUGGAAACCAGUGAACUUAUGUGAAACCACCACGAAACUAAGAUGCAUUGAAAUUACUGUAAUUCGGUCUACCGCGCAAUACGCUAACACAUUUAUGGGUUUUUUAAAAAGGUUCGCCUGUUCAGGAGUAUAAAAAUCAAAGUACUACGUCGCAAUAAAUUGUAUGUAGUAUAUAUUAUAUACCAAGACGCCCUUCUAUUUAAUAAACAAAAUUGUCCUUUGUAGUGUGGAAAUAUGCUAAAAUACUUUCUGGCUUUUAUGCGCGCUAUUUCAAUGGGGUGCGGUAACUGGAAUAAUUACAGUAAUCGUUUUAGAUCUCUCCAGUUCGUGAAAAAAACUUUCUCUAGGAAUUUAUUAAUAGACUUUCUAUCUCCAACGCUGUGAAUAUCUCCACCGUUGUGGAUGUCUGUAUUACACCAUUUGUUAUGAUAUGAUUAUGCUGUAUUAUGUGGGUACAUAGCUUAUGCAAAGGUGAUUUUUAUAUGUUCUUUUUUCAAGUGUAUGUUUGUAUCUUCCCAUAUUUACUCUCCUUCGCAGAGUUUUUACAAGAAAAAGCGAAAGAAGAAAUACUCUGCGAUAGAGAAUGGAAAUGACGAUAGAGUAUUUUAGUAAGUUAUUUUGUAGACUACUACAUAUAUCGACUUUGAAUUUUAUAUUUCGUUUAUCUUUUACAUGAGACUGCUGACUAAUACAAAAUAUUGAAAAUCUUGAAUCUUGUGGUAGUUUUUUUAAAAGCGUCAGGAGUUGCACUAUAUGAACUUCAUUUGACAUCUCAGACGUACAAUUACUUUUUAGGCUUAGUAUUCUAAGCGGACAGUUUUUAAGACAAGGAGACAGUUUUCUGAUUAUUACUACUUGUAUAUAAUGAUUUCAAUACCAGAAGAAAUGAUAUCAUAAACCUCGUA